AUGAAUUUACUGAUGGAGAACGAGAUGGAAUGGAGACAGCAAGUCUCCUCCAGCCUAGUCUACCUCAUUCAGACGGUCCAAGAACUCAAGAUGGAGAACGAUGCCCUUAGGCGACAGCUCAACGAGCAGCAGCAUUACUCCAUCAUUGCGGGGGCCGUGGAUGAGAAAUUACUUUUUAAUGCAGUCUAUGUCGAGGAGCACAAGAUCAACGACUUUGACCCUCUGAAUCCGGAAAGAACGAUCUCCUUAGGGGAAAUUGUGGCCGAUUUUGCCAAUGGGCACAACUUUAAUGGCUGCAGUUUGGGUCAAGUGGUACAGCCAAUCACAACCGGAGUCAUCAGAAAAGUAAGUCUUUUUACUUUUUAAAAUCAUUACUAUGUAGGACAAUAUUUUAUUUUAGUUGUUCGAAUCAGAAGCCGACAAAUACACUUAUACAGAAGACUCCGUGGGGAAGGGACGACCUGCCCGUUACGCUAAAAUUCCAACUGAAUUUAUAAAAGAACUCUCUGGUAAGCGAUCUUUUAUCCAGCUACCGUAUCUAUCCUUAUUCUGCUACUGUAUUUUAUUUUAGAAGCGAUUUGUGAUGGUUUUAAUCCAUCCAAAACUCAAAGAGCACAAUUAUUGCCUCAGGCGAGAACAAUUGCUGGGACUGUGGCCAGAAAUUACUUGUGAGUUUUUUAUUUUCAUCUUCCCUUUGUUUCCCAAAUUAAAAAAAUCUGAUUGAUGUUAUCUAGAUACUUAUUUGUGAAAUAUUUAUCUUCAGUAACAACGCUAGAUCCCACAGGAAAAAGAGCCAGAACAGUGCCUCCUGUUCCGUGGACGAUGACAAGGACGUUAGAAUGGACGAUGUUUAG